AUGCGGAGUUACCCAAAAACGUUUUGGGUUCAAAGUGUUCGGUUUUCGGGUUUCGUGUUUGGAGAUGUCGUGUGGGAGGUUUUACUGAAAAGGUGUCGAGAUCUGGCUUAUGGAGUGAAUACAGCACCGAAGGUGUGGCUCUUGCGAUAUGGCCCACGGAUGUACGCAGUCUGCUGCAAGGAGUCGCGCUGGCUCGGCAAGGAAGCUUUCAGUACUCUUCAGGCCGCGUGCUUCCCAGAGUUCUUCGCGCUGCAGACUGCAGCCUGCUUGGCGGCUCUUGGCGGUCACUGGGCCACUGCGCCCGUGUGGGACGUGCCCAACCUUGCGAUGAUGGCAGCGAUCGUCUUGGCACUGAUCAACCAGUUUGGUCUUGGACCAAAGACGACCCAGCUUAUGGUCAGCCUCUACCAGCAGCACCUCAAGGACGCCUCGAGCAGCGCGCCGCUGCUCAGUGAGGCGUCCAAGGAAGCCAAGAAAAAGUUCGGAAUGGUCCAUGGCAUCUCGAUGUUGCUAGACCUGAUGAACCUUGGGGCCGUCUUUGCCUUCAUCUGCGCAGUGGCAACGGAGUGA